AUGCUCCCUCGAGUGACCCUCAGCUUGUCACACCUACUGCUCCUCGCCCUCCCAACCCUCGUUCCUACAGCUCUCGCAACCUCUUUUACGCUCUCAUCCCCUUCUAUAUCCGCAAACCUCACCACCAAGCACGAAGGAGGCCGAUGCGCCCUCCGCAGCCAAUGCGGCAAGAAAUCCUUGUUCGGCAGCGAACUGCCUUGUCCUGACAACGAGCACUCUGGCCCUCUCUCCUCCCCCGUUCGCGAGAAACUCGUCAAAAUCUGUGGGCCAAGCUGGUCAGCGGGUGAUGUCUGCUGCGAUGAAGCGCAGAUUGACGUCUUGACGACAAAUUUGAAGCGGGCAGAGAGUCUUGUGGGAACGUGUCCGGCGUGCAAAACGAAUUUCUUUGAUUUGUUCUGCACAUUUACGUGUUCCGGGGAUCAGAGCUUAUUCGUUAACGUGACGGGGACGGAGAGGCUGGGGAGCGGGAAGGAUGUUGUCACGCAGGUUGAUAAUUUGUGGGAGGAGAAAUAUAAGAAAGGGUUCUACGAUAGUUGUAAGGAUGUCAAGUUUGGGGCUACGGGGGGAAAGGCGAUGGAUUUUAUUGGGGGUGGAGCCAAGGAAUAUCCUGCUUUUUUGGCCUUUUUGGGGGAUGAGAAGUUCUUGGGGAGUCCAUUCCAGAUUGAUUUUCCGAAUGUGACGGAUGGUAGAGAGAAAGGGAGGUGGGAGGGGAUGGAGCCUGUGGGAAAAGAGGCAAUUAAAUGCAAUAGUAGCGAUGAAGCGCUCAGGUGCGCGUGCGUGGAUUGUCCUGCUACCUGCCCCGAGUUAGAGCCGGUGAGGGAGACGAAGUAUUGUCAUGUGGGCGCCCUGCCGUGUCUGUCGUUCGCAGUGAUACUGGUGUAUUGUGUUCUGCUGGCGCUGUUGGUGACGGCAAUCACGGGGCAUGUGGCGUAUGAGAAGCAUGCGAAGAGGAAGAGUGAGGGGCUGCAGCUGCUCCAGGAUGCGGCAUUGAGUGAUGAUGAGGAUGAGGGGGAUAUUGUCUACAAUGCUGGUAUGAUGGAUCGGCCAACGAAGCAGUAUAAGCUGAAUGCGAUCUUUGAUACGAUGUUCAAUGAGAUCGGCAGGAAAUGUGCGACGUACCCACUGAUCACCAUCGGCGUCAGCGUGCUGGUCGUUGCGGUGCUUAGUAUUGGAUGGAUCAGCUUUGAGGUCGAAACCAACCCGGUGCGGUUGUGGGUGAGUCCAGACUCGGCUGCUGCUAAGGAAAAGCAGUUCUUCGACGAUAACUUUGGGCCGUUCUAUCGAGCUGAGCAGGCUUUCUUAGUCAACGAUACGCAAGCUGGAGGAUCUGGGCCCGUCCUGAGCUAUGAUACAUUGGCUUGGUGGUUCGAUGUGGAGAGUCGUGUUCAAAGGAUGCUGUCGCCUGAGCGGCACGCCACGCUGAGUGAUGUGUGCUUCAAUCCAACUGGUGAAGCCUGCGUCAUUCAGUCCCUGACAGGAUAUUUUGGUAGUGAUUUGGCGAAUGUUGAGCCUGAAGGGUGGAAGAAGCAAUUAUCACACUGCACUGAGUCACCUGGAAGCCAAGACUGUCUACCUCCCUUCCAGCAGCCAUUGAGUAAGGACAUCGUACUUGGUGGUAUUCAAAACGGCGAUGUUCUCUCCGCUGAGAGCCUCAUCGCAACGUGGGUUGUUAAUAAUUUCGAAGAAGGCUCAAACAAGGAACAACGUGCUAUCGACUGGGAAAUUGGCUUCAAGGAUAUCAUGCAGAAUGCUCAAAGAGAGGCAUCCGAGCGAGGGUUACGGCUGUCCUUUACUACAGAGAUGAGUCUGGAGAGUGAGCUGAACAAGUCAACAAAUACGGAUGCAAAGAUAGUUGUGAUCAGCUACAUCAUCAUGUUCCUCUACGCUUCACUUGCUCUAGGAUCAACCACACUGUCGUUCAAGUCGAUCAUGCAGAACCCUGCAAGCGCUAUGGUACAAUCAAAGUUCACAUUGGGCAUAAUUGGCAUCAUCAUCGUACUGAUGUCUGUGUCAGCUUCUGUUGGCCUUUUCUCGGCUUGCAAAUACAAAGUCACCUUGAUCAUCGCAGAAGUCAUCCCAUUCCUGGUCCUGGCAGUCGGCGUGGACAACAUAUUCCUCAUCGUGAAUGAAUUCGAGAGAGUCAACGUCAGCCACCCAGAUGAUGACAUCGAGACAAGAAUGGCUAAAGCUCUGGGCCGAAUGGGUCCUAGUAUCUUGCUAUCUGCAACGACGGAAACGAUCGCAUUCGCCUUGGGGGCAUCUGUGGGCAUGCCUGCAGUCAAGAAUUUUGCUGUCUAUGCCGCAGGAGCUGUUCUGAUCAAUGCUAUAUUGCAAGUCACCAUGUUCGUAGCAGUCCUCUCUCUUGAUCAACGAAGGGUAGAGGACGGACGGGCCGAUUGCUUUCCAUUUAUACAAGUCAAAAGUGCGAAAGCAGGCUUCAGUCAGACAGCGGGCUCCUAUGGAUAUGAUGAAGAAGGACCUCUCCAGCGCUUCAUCCAUAAGAUCUAUGCACCAGCUAUUCUUGGUAAGAAGGUAAAAUAUGCUAUCUUAGUUGGCUUUUUAGGCCUGUUCACCGCAGGCCUCUCCUUGAUCCCAGAGGUCGCUCUCGGUCUGGACCAACGCAUAGCCUUCCCUCGAGACUCGUACUUGAUCGAUUACUUCAACGACCUAGACGCCUACUUCAACACCGGCCCGCCAGUCUAUUUUGUCGAGCGCAAUCUCCCUGUUACAGUACGGCAGCACCAGACAGCAAUCUGCGCCCGCUACACAGCCUGUGAUUCUUAUUCCCUUAGCAAUGUCCUAGAACAAGAGUCAAAGCGCUCCAACGUCUCCUACAUAACUGGUUCCACCGCCAGCUGGAUAGACGACUUCUUCACCUGGCUCAAUCCCGCCAACGAAGCCUGUUGCGUCGAAAAUGGCCGCCCAUGCUUCGCCGAUCAUGAUCCACCCUGGAGUAUCGAUCUGAAAGGCAUGCCUCAGGGUGACGAAUUCGUACACUACCUUACUAAAUGGCUGGCAUCGCCAACGAAUGAAGAGUGCCCCUUCGGCGGCGAAGCGCCGUACAGUAACGCGGUCGUCAUUAAACCGAACAUGUCCUCCUUCAAUGCAGUCUCAGCCUCUCACUUCCGCACCUCCCACACCCCCUCUCCUCCCAGUCCGACUACAUAA